CGAAUACUGGAGGAGGCCGAUGUGAUCGGCAUCACAACAACAGGGCUAGCCAAGAACAUCGCCAUGCUGCGCGGUAUUGGCGCUAAAGUGGUUAUCUGCGAAGAGGCAGCCGAGGUUAUGGAACCUCACCUCAUUUCCGCCAUGAUGCCUGGGAUUGAGCACCUCAUUCAGAUUGGCGACCAUCGACAGUUGCGGCCCCAGAUCAACAAUUACGGUUUCAGUGUGGAAACUUCAAGAGGCAAAAAAUUUCAGCUUGAUCGCAGCCAGUUUGAACGUCGGGCCGAGGGGGAGCCGGGCCUGGCUCCCCUUCCCGUGGCACAACUGAAUGUGCAGCGAAGAAUGAGGCCUGAGAUUUCGUCACUGAUCCGAACAGUGUAUCCAGAUUUGAAGGGCCAUGACUGUGUUCAGAACUUCCCAGGGGUAACAGGGAUGCGAGAGCAUUUGUUUUGGCUCAAUCACCAACAUCCUGAAGAUGGCAGAUACGAUGGCGCGAAGGUGAAAUCACACAGCAACUCUUGGGAAGUCUCCAUGUCAACAGCCUUGGUCCGUCACCUCGUUCGACAGGGAGAAUACAAAAGCACAGACAUUGCACUCUUGACGCCCUACACUGGCCAGCUCCAGAAGCUUAUGGCUGCAUUGAGCGGCGAUUUCGAGGUCUUCCUCAGCGAUCGUGACCUCGAAAAGUUGGCAGACGAUGGCUUUGGACAUGCUGAUGGAGUCGAGUCCGACUCGGUCGACUCUGUCGAUGACGCCCCGAGAAUUGAGCACAACCGAGGCAGGAUGUUGCAGAAGACAGCGUUGGUUAAUGCUAUCCAGCUUGCCACAGUGGACAACUUCCAGGGAGAAGAGGCUAAGGUGAUCAUUGUGUCACUGGUUCGCAGCAACAGCAACAACGAAAUUGGCUUCCUCCGAACAGAGAAUCGUGUCAACGUACUCCUCAGUCGAGCCCAACAUGGGAUGUAUCUUAUCGGCAACGCGAGAACCUACCGAGGGGUCAACAUUUGGGACGACGUCUACCAACAGCUUGCAGAGAGGGGUGCGGUCGGGGAUUCGAUUGCGCUUUGUUGUCGGCAUCCUGAUAUCCCAAUCGUGUGCUCCAAUCCUGACGAAUUUCUUAGACGCAGCCCGGAAGGGGGCUGCACUCUUCGAUGCGAUCAGCGUCUUGACCCAUGCGGCCAUCGUUGUCCGGCAAUGUGCCAUUCACAGGCACUCCACGACGUCUUCAGCUGCUCACAGCCAUGUCCCCGUAUCCGAACAACAUGUCAACACGCCUGCCCAAAGCUCUGUGGCGAGGACUGCGGUCCUUGUCGUGUCACGGUCACGGACGUUGAACUUCCCUGUGGCCACAUCGCUGAUGAGGUGGAAUGUUGUCAGACACCUCAUCCGGAAACGAUCAGAUGUUUGCACCCUGUGACGAAGAUCGUCCCUGAUUGUAAGCACAAGGUUAAGGUACCAUGCGAGACGGAUGUGUCUCAGUACUAUCACUGCCCAACACCUUGCGAGGCGACAUUGGCUUGUGGGGAUAGAUGUACUGGUCAGUGUGGCACGUGUCAGCACUCCCAUAAAGAAUGUCAGAGGAUCUGUAGGCUUCCACCGUCAACCUGCAAUCAUCUCUGCGCCAGGAAGUGUCAUAGCGGAGAGCUGUGUGGAAGCUGCUGUCAGCCAUGCCAACCUUGUCACAAGCCCUGUGCCCCUUGCAUCGAAAAAUGCGGCUGGGCUUGUGAGCACAUGGGACAAUGCUCGCUACCAUGUGCUGCACCAUGCGACCGUCUGCCAUGUGACAAGCGAUGCUCAAGAAAGCUCAAGUGCGGGCAUCAGUGUCCUAGCUUCUGCGGAGAAGAGUGCCCAGAGGAUCUGUGUCAGCUGUGCUGUCAAGACGAACGGAGACAACGUCGUGUUGAUGUUCUCGAGUGGAAGUUGUAUCGCGAAGUUGAUCUUGACGACAGUUCAAUCGUUGUUCUCAGUUGUGGUCACUUCUUUACAGGCGAGACGCUGGACGGCUCGCUAGGAAUGACCCAAGUAUACACCACCAAUUCGAACGGUGAAUACAACGGACUUCGAGAUAUCGCAGGCACCUUGUCCACAUCUGGGGUGCCUUCAUGCCCGGAUUGCCGCAUCCCCAUCCGUCAAUUCGCCACCAGACGUUACAACCGGGUGGUGAACAAGGCAGUGAUGGACGAAACGAUCAAGCGAUUCUUCGUGGAUGGUCGUCGACGCCUCCAAGAGCUCCAGCAAAGACUGGCUGCGGCAACAGCCAAGCUAUCCUUGGACAACAUCCCGGAGUGGGAUGAUACAGUCCCUAGGUCCGGUACUUCGUCGGUCCUUCGCGACAGGCACCGUGAGUUAAACCGCAUCAACUUGACACUGGGAAUUGCAAAGCAACAGAUGGACACGGAACAUCAACCGGCCAAAAAGCUGUUUGACGCCAUCGUCAGCUCUCGACGUCGCCAGCUGAAGACAUUGUCCAUGGAACAGAGAUUGCCUGAGCUCAGCUUGACUGGACCACCUCCGGCGUACAACUCUCAAGUUCUCCUUGAGGCUGAGGCACUCCACUUGCAAGUUCGGGCGGCAAUCCUCCAAGACAAGAUGAGAAUCGCGGCCAAGGUUCCUGAAUUGCAAGAAGGUCUCAAGAAUGCUGAUCGCCCUGGGGCUGAUGUGCCAGGACUUAUGAAGGAUUGUAUGGAGGGCAUCAAGAAGUCGAGGGAGUGGAAGCUUCCACGGCUUGUGAUCUCCCUCAGCCAGCUUUACGCACAAACCAGCCAGCUGGCUGGUCGAUAUUCUGCGCAGUACAGAGCUCGUACUGUGGAGUGGAGGGAUUACGGUGCUACUGCUGGAGAACUGCUGAUCGAGGCGCUGCAGCUUUGUGGGACGUUUGAGGAUGGCGAGAGUUUUAGGGAGGAUGUUCAAGAGGCGCUGAAGGCUUUGAAGUCAACGAGAUACGAGAAGGUCAGCAGGGAGGAGGUCAAGGCUAUCAAGUUGGCUAUGGUGAGUGGGUUUGGGGGGAUGAGUACGAAUUCGGGACACUGGUAUAAUUGUCAGAAUGGGCAUCCGUUUGCCAUUGGUGAAUGCGGGAUGCCCAUGGAGGUGGCCCGCUGUCCGGAGUGUGGAGCUAGGAUUGGGGGCUUGGAUCACGAGCUGGUGGAUGGGGUGUCGCGGGCGCAGGGGAUGGAAUAA